AGUAACGAAUAGCUUGUUAACUUAAAUCGUGGAAUUCCACCUCUUUAAAAAGUAGUUGUCUAAAUCCAAAAUAUCGUUCCUCUUCAGAUUCCUUUACCUCCUUUUUUAAUUUUUAAUUUCUAUUUUUGUCAAUUCUUUCAUCCUUACUUCCACAUAACGCCUGAAUUUAGCUUUCAAUUUAAUGCUCAAACUUACUCAACUUUGGUAUUCUAAGUGAUGGAAAUGGGAGGAAUGAAAUUUGCAGUGGGCUUCGCCAUAAUUCUGUUAUUUGCAGUCGCCGAAGGUGUUCAGUUCGACGUUCGCCAACAUCUCGGCACAAGUUCCAGGCAGACCCGUAAGGCGUGAGAGUUCUUCACUGGUGGAUGGAUGACUUCAUGUUGUGUUAUGAGUUGCGUGCGAGUUGGUGUCUAAGGCAUUUGAGGCUGUUUUUGCUGGUCACUAUCGUUCCUGGAGGAGUUGUGGGAUUGAUAAGAGGUUACUUACAACUUCGUUGAAGUGUGGAAGAUUCGGGAACCACUUUUAUUUGCUAGCGCAAUCUUUGGACUAGUUUCUUGGUGAGAUUGGGAGCUAGUGUUGGAGUUUGAAGAUCCUUGGCUGUUGAACAAGGUCGAUUGGAUAACAACUGCAUAUAUAUGUAUUCAUAACAUCUUGUAAGAGGUAUGGUGCUGGAAAAGAAGCAACCACUGAUGCUUAUCAAACAACUAAUGCUCCUCCCAUUGGGUGUACUCCAGUUCAUUUAAAUCUUGUGGCCAGGCAUGGAACACGUGCACCCACAAAGAAGAGAGCAAAAGAGCUAGAGCUGUUUUCUGAGCGUCUGGAGAUGCUUUUAAAAUCUGCAGGGCACACAGUUGUUGGAGAUGCCCAUGAGUCAAAGCAACUACCAUCUUGGCUGAUCGGGUGGCGAUCUCCUUGGGAAGGCAGGAAAACAAAUGGACAACUAACACGUGAAGGGGAAGAAGAGUUGUAUCAGUUGGGAAAGAGGAUUAGAGAAAGAUUUCCAGAACUGUUUAAUGAAGAUUAUCAUCCUGAUGUCUAUUCAAUAACUGCAACUCAGGUUCCCCGAGCCUCAGCUAGUGCAGUGGCAUUUGGCAUGGGUCUCUUUGCUGGGAAAGGAGUUCUUGGACCAGGUCGGCAACAAGCAUUUGCAGUUACAAGUGAGAGUCGAGCAAAUGAUAUACAUUUGCGUUUUCAUGAUACUUGCCAAACUUACAAGGACUUCAAGAAGAUGCGUAAGCCUGCAAUAGAGGCUUUACUAGUAGAUGUUUUUGCAGAAGUUUCAACUUCAUUGUUAGAGCACUACAACUUGAAUUUUACAAAAGAGGACGUGGCCUCCCUUUGGUUUCUUUGCAAGCAAGAAGCAGCCCUAAUGGACAAAACCGAUCAAGCUUGUGGACUUUUCAGCCAAACUGAGGUGGAACUGCUGGAGUGGGCUGAUGAUAUUGCGCUGCAUCAUCUUAAAGGAUAUGGAGAAUCGUUAAAUUACCGUAUGGGGGUACCUUUACUACAAAAUGUUGUUAAGUCGAUGGAGCAAGUUAUACUGGCAUAUGCAGAUCCUCAUAGCCAAGGUUCUGUAGAGAAGGCUCGAUUACGGUUUGCGCAUGCUGAGACCAUCAUACCUUUUACCUGCCUUCUUGGUCUAUUUCUUGAAGCCUCUGAUAUAUACAAGAUAGAAACUGAGCAACCUUUACAGCCACCCCCUAAACCUCCUCAACAACGGAAAUGGAGGGGCAGUACAGUGGCACCUUUUGCUGCAAAUAACAUGCUUGUCCUAUAUAAAUGCCCUGCUAAAGAUGUGAGCUUUGGAAAGGUUACCUCCACAAGAGAACACAAUGACAAAUUUUUUGUUCAAAUUUUACAUAACGAAAAGCCAGCUUCUAUUCCGGGUUGCAAUGGAACUAAUUUUUGCCCUUUUGAAGUUUUCAAGGAAAAGGUUGCAGGUGCACAUCUCAGGCACACGUUUGAAUCAUUGUGCACCAGUAAGGCGACAACUGAAAAUUGCUCUUUAACUUGCAAGCUAAUGAGGUUCAUUCGUAGGAUGGUUUUAGGUGAGGGUGCUGAGGUUCAUUCUUGUGAAGAUAGAGCUGAGUUGUAAUUAUUUCGUAAUAUGUUAUUGGAAGCAAAUUUGAGUUGAAAUGGUUUUGUUUUGUGUAUACGAAGCUCUAAAAUUGUAUAUGGUUAUAUGAAGAAUUUCACAAUUUUAUUGUCUUACAUGGAGAGGACGAGGAGGACAAAUUUUGACUGAUGAUGCAAUUUUUCAAUUGAUGAGUAGAGCCAUGAUAUU